CAGUUGCGACUGUCCAAUAUCACAAUCGAAGCGUCAAGUGCAAUCAAAAUUCGUAAAGUGAAAUACUUCUUGAAGUUUUUGAAAGCUGAUUGUAAGAAUCAUGACAGCCAUCACUUCCCUCUUCUGUGUGCUCUUCUUCGCUUCUGCAGUCCUCGCCCAGAUUGUGGUGAUACCCGAUCCAUGGCCCGAAAAUGUUGACUGUGAUGUUAUGCCCAAGAUCCCCGGCGACACAGUUCACCUUCCGGAUCCUCUCUCCUGCAAUAGUUUCUACAAAUGCGUUGGCAUCAUACCAGUGAAGAUGCAAUGCCCAGAACGUCUCCAAUGGAACAAAGUGAAGCACGUCUGUGACUGGCCAUGGAAUGCUAAGUGUCAGUGAAUGGCGUGACCUAUGCCAAUGUGUUUUUGUCAACACAUUUGAUUCAUUAUAUAAUAACACUUUCCCAUGUCAAUUGUAAUAAAUCUGACAAUAUUUAAUAAAUUUUUUGCCUCAAAAUA